CGAAGGAGAAGGAGGAGAAGGAGGCCCGCGGGGAAGAUGAUUGAGGAGAGCGGGAAGCGGAGGCGGACGAUGGCCGAGAAGAGGCAGCUCUUCAUGGAAAUGAGAGCUCAGAACUUUGACGUCAUCCGGCUCUCAACAUAUCGAACCGCCUGCAAACUGAGAUUUGUGCAAAAAAGAUGUAACCUUCACCUUGUGGACAUCUGGAACAUGAUCGAAGCCUUCCGAGACAACGGCCUUAACACCUUGGACCACAACACGGAGAUCAGCGUCUCCCGGCUGGAAACCAUCAUCUCCUCGCUCUACUUCCAGCUCAACAAGCGCCUUCCCUCCACUCACCAGAUCAGCGUGGAGCAGUCCAUCAGCCUUCUCCUCAACUUCAUGAUCGCCGCCUACGACAGCGAGGGCCACGGGAAGCUGACCGUCUUCUCCAUAAAAGCCAUGUUGGCAACGAUGUGCGGUGGGAAAAUCCAGGACAAGUUAAGAUAUAUUUUCUCUCAAAUGUCCGAUUCCAACGGAGUGAUGAUCUUCUCAAAGUUUGACCAGUUUCUGAGAGAAGUCCUGAAGCUCCCCACAGCAGUGUUUGAAGGGCCUUCCUUUGGAUACACGGAAAACUCGGUGCGAACCUGUUUCCCUCAACAGAAAAAGGUGAUGCUCAACAUGUUUUUAGACACGUUAAUGGCUGACCCGCCGCCCCAGUGCCUUGUGUGGCUACCUCUCAUGCACAGACUUUCCCAUGUAGAAAACGUCUUCCAUCCGGUGGAGUGCUCUUACUGCCGGUGCGAGAGCAUGAUGGGCUUCCGGUACCGGUGCCAGCAGUGCCACAACUACCAGCUCUGCCAGAACUGCUUUUGGCGCGGCCACGCCAACGGACCCCACAGCAACCAGCACCAGAUGAAGGAGCACUCCUCUUGGAAAUCGCCUGCCAAGAAGCUGAGCCACGCCAUCAGCAAGUCCCUGGGCUGCGUGCCCAGCCGGGAACCCCCGCACCCCGUCUACCCCGAGGAGCCCGAGAAGCCCCUGGACCUGGCCCACAUCGUCCCUUCCCGUCCGCUGGGCAACAUGAAUGACGCCAUGGUGACCCACGUCUCCUCCUCCUCGGGGGCCCCGACACCCACCAAAAGGUUGCAGCUCAGCCCGGCCCGCUCCGAACGGCUCAGCGACGAACAUGCGCUGAUUGCGGCCUACGUCAGCCGCCUCCAGAGCGGCCCACGCAGCGUCCUAGACAGCCCCAGCCGGCUGGACGAGGAGCAUCGACUCAUUGCGCGCUAUGCUGCCCGUCUGGCUGCCGAAGCUGGGAAUGCGCCGCGGCCCCCCACGGACCUGGGCUUCAACUUUGACGCCAACAAGCAACAGAGGCAGCUGAUAGCAGAGCUCGAAAACAAGAACAGGGAGAUCCUGCAGGAGAUCCAGCGCCUGCGCCUGGAGCACGAACAAGCCUCGCAGCCCACGCCGGAGAAAGCCCAGCAGAACCCCACACUCCUGGCCGAACUGCGCCUCCUGCGGCAGCGCAAGGACGAGCUGGAGCAGCGCAUGUCCGCCCUGCAGGAGAGCCGGCGAGAGCUGAUGGUGCAGCUGGAGGGGCUCAUGAAGCUGCUGAAGGAAGAGGAACAAAAGCAGGCAGCUCAGGCCGGGGUCUCUCCGCACACCUCCCCGACCCACGGGAGCGGGCGCCCCAUGCCCAUGCCGGUCCGGUCCACCUCAGCAGGCUCCACCCCGACCCACGGGCCCCAGGACUCCCUGGCUGGACUCGGGGGAGACGUCCAGGAAGCCUUUGCACAAGGAGCACGAAGGAACCUCCGAAAUGACUUGCUGGUUGCGGCCGAUUCCAUCACCAACACCAUGUCCUCUUUGGUCAAGGAGCUCCAUUCGGGAGGAGAGGAAGGAGGAGAGGAAGAGGAGGAGAAGAUGCAGAACGGGAAGGACCGAGGGUAGAAGAAGGACCUGGACUGGCCAGCGAUCCAAGUCACGUGGCUGCCCUUCCGCCGCCUCCUGCGCAUCCUUCGGCCACCGAAGCCC